AUGGAAGAUAGAGUGGGCGUCGGUUCAAAAGGGGGGUGGAAACGGAAAGAAAGAAAGGGUAGUGGUUUGCUAAAUGAUGAAUCAGAGUUAACUCUUUUGCUUAAUGAAUCAGUUAAGAGAGGAAGCUCCUUUUUUAUGACUGAUGAUGCGAAGUUUUGUUAUGUGAAGAAGGCUAGAAGUGAUGUGACUAAUGGUGGAAACUUUACUCAAAAGGAGGGAAUCAAGUUCUCUCUGGUGUCUUAUUCUGAUCAUCACAUCUGUGGUGAUAUUACUGAUUUUGGUGGUCGUGUAUGGCGUUUCGUUGGGAUGUACGGAUGGGCUGAUAAGGCGUUGAAGGAGAACACUUGGACACUUAUGAAAGAUCUCUAUUUAGACUCCCCCGUUCCUGUUGUUUUCAAAGGAGAUUUUAAUCAAAUCCUCAGCUCGGAUGAAAAAUCUGGUGGAGCUCCUAGGGAGCAGAAGGAAAUCGAUGCCUUAAGGAGUGUGCUUGAUGAUUGUAGUCUGAAGGAUUUGGGGCAUAUUGGAGAGUGGGAAACAUGGGAAAGGGGUACAACUCCGGAGUCAAUUGUUCGGGAGAGGCUAGACAAAUUCAUAGCGUGUAUGGCGUGGUCUUCUUGGUUCAGGAAUGCAAAGGUUAAACAUUUAACCAAAUUCAAAUGUGACCAUGUUGUGAUUAUUCUUGAUACCGAAGGUGAUGCGGAAAUGCGUGGGAAGGGGGCUUCCCAUUUGGAUAUGGCUCUCAAGAUUAAAUCAGUGGCUACUCACUUAACUGACUGGAGUAAGUCCACUUUUGAUAAUCUCGGCCGAAAGAUCGAAGAUGCUGAAGCUGCUCUUAAAGAGGUGGAAAAUAAUAGGGGUGCCCUCCCGAACUUUGCUGAGUGCACUGGACUGGAAUCUCUUCUUGAUGAUCUUCACGAGAAAAACGAGGCUUAUUACUUACGAUCCCGUGUUGCCGAAAUAAAAGACGGUGAUUGUAAUACCAAAUAUUUUCAGCAUAAGGCGUCCCAGAGAAAGAGCAAAAAUUUUAUAUUGGGCCUAAAUGAUGAGGGAGGAACGUGGAGAACGGGAAAGAAGGAAAUCGAAGAGAUCAUUCUCAAGUUCUACGGCACAUUAUUUUCGGCUGGAACAAUUGAUGAUAAUCUGAUGCAGGAAGUUUUGGAUAGUGUACCAGCCUUGAUUUCUGAAGGUAUGAACACUUCUUUAUGUCAUAGAUUUCCCAAAGAUGAAGUUUUUGCUGCCUUAUCGCAAAUGAGCCCCUGUAAAGCCCCCGGGCCGGAUGGUUUUCAUGCCAUCUUCUAUCAAAAGUUUUGGCAAGUGGUAGGUGAUGAUAUUACAAAUUUUGUGAAUAAUAUUGUAAGUGGCAGGAUUUCACCUAAGGAGAUUAAUUGCACUAAUGUGGCUCUUACUCCUAAGGUUAAGGAUCCUACUAGCAUAACUCAAUUCCGGCCUAUUUCUCUUUGUAACGUUCUCUUUAAAGUAGCAUCUAAGGCCAUGGCAAACAGAUUAAAACCGCUCCUUUAA